AUGAAUUCGUAUUUCGCAAACCCGUCGCUCUCAUGCCAUUUAGCUGGUGGUCAAGAGGUUUUACCUAACGUGGCCCUAAACUCAACUACCUACGACGCUGUUCGACACUUCUCAUCCUACGGAGCCGCUGUGGCCCAAAACCGGAUAUAUUCCUCGCCUUUCUAUUCGCCCCAAGACAACGUCGUGUUCGGCUCGAGCAGGGGACCAUACGAGUAUGGAUCCAACGUGUUUUACCAAGACAAGGACGUGCUGCCCAGCUGUAGGCAGAGCAGUUUGGGACAAGGUGCACAAACCUCGCUCGCGCAGGAUUACCCGUCUGAUCAGGGCAUGAACGGCUCGCAGGAACAGAAGGGGAACAUUCAGAUCUUCCCGUGGAUGCAGCGGAUGAACUCUCAUAGCGGUGAGUAUUAUAAACUCCUAGAGAUAAAUUAAACGAAUUGGCCCGUUUUACGACUAGGGAAGCUACUUUUUAUCACCCCAUAAACCAUUAUACUACAGCAGCACCCUGUCGCCGGCAAUAAAUACCUUUUAUCUUCGUAGGAAAUCCCUUUUGGCCAAACUAUGCGCUCUUCUCCGUCACAGUCCAUCCCUAUUUCCCUUAAAACAAAAGACUUUAUAGCAUUUAAGUUCAUAUUUUUGUGACCCAUAGCAGAGUUCACGGAAUUUUAAGACGAGUAUCAUCUCUUCAAAUAUUACUCAGUGGACUGGGUUCCUCUGAUAGCGAAAGUGUGUGUGUGUGUGUGUUGCGUCAGUAUGUAGGCUACCACCACUGUUGUUUAUUUAGAUAAUUGCAAAACAUAAGCUAGCAUGUAAAACCGGACACGAUAAGGCUAUAUCAUAGACUGCGAAUGAUUGUGAAUGUUGGCCUAUAUCGAUUAUUUCCGUGGGUUUUUGUGAUUGUGUGUGUUUGGAUAGUGCAGGGUUUCCCCAACUCGGUCCUCGGGACCCCAAGGUGUGCACGUUUUGGGUUUUGCCUAGCACUAUACAAAUAAUCAACUAAUCAUGAAGCUUUGGUAAUUUGAAUCAGCUGUGUAGUGUCAGGGGAAAAAACCAAAACGUGCACCCCUUGGGGUCCCGAGGACCGAGUUUGAGAAACGCUGGGGUAGUGACAUUGCAUAUAGCUUACUUAAAAAUAUAUUUCCUGAUUAUGCUAAUUUAAAUUGUGUUUUCCACUCAGGAGUUGGAUACGGUUCUGACAGACGAAGAGGCCGCCAAAUUUACUCCCGGUACCAAACUCUAGAACUCGAAAAGGAAUUCCAUUUCAACCGCUACCUGACGAGACGCAGACGUAUCGAAAUCGCCAAUGCACUCUGUCUCACGGAACGUCAGAUAAAAAUCUGGUUCCAGAAUCGCCGGAUGAAAUGGAAAAAGGAAAGCAAUCUAACUUCGACUUUCACCGAAAGUGGUUCGGCAGGGGCGAGUCAAGACACAGGUAAAGAGGACACAGAAGAGGCGACAGAAGAGAAGAAAGAAUGA